AAACAAACACACGUCCUGCUAACACCAUAAGGGCAGCAAGGAUUUUAUACAAAGUAGAUAUUAACGGACAUGGGCAAGAGCACAACGACUGGCCUACAUCCACACUGUGAAAAAUGUCAUAACCAACACUGUAAGCUUCCUGUAGACAUCCCCACUUCCUGUGUCUUCAUUUCCUGCGGUCUACACUGCGGAGCCGCCUUCCAUCUCUGCAAAGAAGAUGAGCAUCGUCUCCUCUGCCCUAAGGAAAUCGUACCCUGCCUCAAUUCUGGCUAUGGCUGUCCAAUGACCAUGACCCGCCAAAGGCUAGCCAAGCACCUGGAAGUGUGUCCUGCGAGCGUUGUUACUUGCACCCUAGAAUGGAACCGAUGGCCUGUGAAUGAGACAGAUGCAACCUUCUACAGGAACGUCCUGCAGGAUCCAGACUGCUUGAAUGAGCUGGACAUCGCCACGGCCCUUCGAGAUCAGAAGCUGCUGUUUAGCUCCAUCAAGAUGAAAACGCUCUUCCCCGAGUUGAUUGAGAAGGUAGAGGAACCAGACGUACCGCUGGAUGGUGCUGUAGGAGGUGUUGACCCAGAAAACUGGGAACUAAAUUUGGGAGAGAUGUUGGAAAAUGGGGAUGAGGAAAAGGAACUAACGGAAGAAGAACGACUGGCCCUUGCCACAAGCAAAGAUGUGGCCUGCUUGGAGAAUUACAAAAUGUGGGAGAGAAUGUUUGCAAAAGAGAAGGAAGGAUGCAAGCAAACUGCAAGGAAUUUAGAGGAAAAUGGGACUCCUAAAAGGGAAAAAAAUCCAUCUGAUGAAAAUUCCCACGAGUCCCAUGAAGCAGAUUUUACCAGAACAGGAUUAGCCCCUUGGCAUGACGGAGUUCUCGAGAGACUCGGUAAAGAGGUCAACGUGUCCGAAUAUAACAUGUACCUAGUUCACAAUGGAUGCAUGCUUAUCAACUUUGGCCAGCUGACUGCUUGCACACCUAAAGAGAAAGAUUUUGUUUAUGGUAAGUUAGAGCCUAUCGAAGUGAAAACCGUACGCUCUUUUAACGUUCCAACCAGCUUCACAGCCAAACGUAGCCACCUCAAGGAUCCGUCAAAAACGAUUAAAAAGACGGACCAGAAUGUGGACACGUCCGAUUUAGGGAUUUCCAUUGAGCAGCUCCCGAAGGCAAAUGAAGUAGAGGCCACACUGCUGUGCUGUCUAGAAAGAGAGUUUAAAGGUCCCCAGAUAAGUGAAGCUGUUGGCACCGAUGGGCUGUAUGUUGACUUGUCCACCCAGACCUACGAUUUUCACAGCGCUCCGUUCAAAAGCAGUGCUUCUUUGGCUGAUGUGGUCGACGGCCAGCCUCAAAGUCUACAUGUGCAGAUUCAGACCGAAUGCGUGACGAGGAGACAUAACAAAUCUUGCUCGGCCUUCACCUACCUGUGCUGCCACGCAUUCAGACGUGACGAAUACCCCUGGCACUUCAGGAACGUACAUGGAGAUAUUGAGUCCCAUCUUAAUGGCUGGUUUACGCAGCGAUGCCCGUUGGCUUACCUGGGCUGUACCUUUAGCCAGAGGUAUUUUCGACCAUCAAAAUAUAGGGCAACCGUGAGCUACGAUCCGGAUCUUAAUGGGUUUACAUUGCAACCUGCAGUAGCAGAAUCGCUUUAUAAAGGAGUAAAAAAGGCUAGCAGUGAACGGAAGCGAGCAAGGAAUUUGGACUCACUGAGCAGACUUCCCUUUGAGAUCUUACAGCACAUUGUGGGUUUUCUGGAUAGUUUGUCAUUGGGCUAUCUAGCUCAAGUGUCCCACCUCAUGAGAGAUGUCUGUAGCACUGUUGUACAGCAGAAGGGAAUGGUGUCCCUCAAAUGGGAGAAAAAGAUAUAUUCCCAUGGUGGAUUCACAUGGAGGGCCAGAAAAAAGACAUGGGAGUUCAGCAAUCUCUUCUCACCAGUAGAUGAAUGGGUGUUUGAAGAUGUGCCACCCAUGUCCGAGCACCUGAAGGUCUGUCCGUUCUACCAGAAGGAGAUCAGGAGUGAACCUGUGGCUUUACUCAGCAUAACAGACCUUCAGGAGGAAAGAUGA